CCACAAAUCAUCCAAAAGGAACACAGCAUUACUGUAUAUAUUACAUACUGUACACUCCUGAUCAAAAUUUUAAGACCAAAUCGAAAAAUCGGAAGAAUUCACAUUUUGCAGUGUUGGAUCUUAAGGAGGUUCUAAGUAGAACUUCAAAAUGAAAAAAGAAGAAAUGGGAGGGAGACAAAAAAAAUGAGUAUGCAAUUUAUUGCAAACAUUAAAGCAUUAAAGCAAAAUAGGUUGUUCAUAAGCUGAUCAAAAAUGUAAGACCACAGCCUUUAAGAGCAAAACAUGUGGAUUCAAUGUAAUUUCCUGUUAGGUAUUCACACUGUCAUGAUCUCUUGAUCGCUAAGGCAAAAAAGCUUUCAAUAUUCGAAUUGAUUGUUGAGCUGCAUAAGCAAGACCUCCCGCAGCGCGCCAUUGCUACUGAGGUUGGACACAGUAAGACGCUCAUUUUAAACUUCUAAACUUGUGCAGGGGUGUCAAACGGCAGCUGGCUAUGUGGACAUUUUGCAGGGGGCAUCCCUCAUGACUGAAAGGCAAUCCUGCGUGUUCCAAUUGAGAAUAUUUGGGGAUGCAUGGCAAUGGAAGUUUACAAAAUUGGAAAUCAGUUCCAGACAGUGGAUGGAUGCCCUCCGUGAAGCCAUCUUCACCACCUGGAGCAACAUUCCCACUAUCCUCUUGGAAACACUGGCAUCAAGCAUGCCCAAACCAAUUUUUGAGGGAGUGAACAAAAAUGGCACAGCUACUCAUUAGUCGUUUUUGGAAAAUGUAUUUAUUAAACUAAAUAAUUAUUUUAUUAAAUACAUUUAUUUCUAUUUUUGGGGCGGUGUCAUUUUUUUUAGCUAUGUUCUUAAACUUUUGAUCAGCUGAUGAACAGCCUAUUUUGGUUAAAAAAAAAAAAUUGUAAUAAAUUGCUUAUUUAAAUUUUAUUUUUGUCUUACUCGCAUUUCUUCUUUUUGCAUUUUGAGGCUAUACUUAGAACCUCCUUAAGAUCCAACAGUGCAAAAUCUACUCUAAUUUCCGAUGUAUAAGCUGCUACUUUUUCUCCUGUUGAUAACCCUGUGGCUUAUACAGUGAUGCAACUAAUUCAUGGUCACGUUCUAAUCUCGAGACAUCUUGUAUACUUCAGAACAGCCAUUUUGUGCCUCAUGCACACACCCUCAUCAUGGAACCACCCGAAGAAAUGCAUAUGAUGCAACUGUCAAGUUAAAGGCGACCAAUCUAGCAACUUUUGCUUAAGUCUGCCAGUGAAUCCUGACAGCAUUGUCAAAAAAUCCACUAUCACCAAUGCGUUUCAAAAGGCUGGUGAUGGACAGGACAAGCUCAGGGGCUAAUUUGCCUCGAGACAAAAGUGACAACUGAGAGCGACAACGAAACAGAGAGAGAAACUGACAUAGCGAGUGAUGAAGGAAUUAGGAGGCUCUUCAAUUACGACACUCAAGAAAGAUAAGAAGGAAGGUGAAGACACAGGUCAAUUACUUUUCUGUUUGGCUGCUGUUUAACCAACUGUGAUACACGCACUGUGUGGCGCUGUUUGGGAAAAAAAGCAUUUAUUUAAUUAAUAGUUAACAAAACGUACUGUGUAACAGUCGUUCUGUUUACUAAAUAUCCCAUAUUACAACGUGGACACCUGUAAUUUAGAGACAGGUGUGGCCUGUAUAUGUACAAAUAUUUUUUUCUCAAUAAAUAUAGUGGGUGCGGCUUAUAUUCUGGUGCACUCCGGAAUUUACGGUAAAUUCUUACAAUUUUUCAACUGGUCAACCAAAAAGCUGCUGGAUGCUGACCAGUCCAUGAUACUUCAUAUAUAGGUACUGCCAUUUUGUGGCGUUAAUAAAAACAACAUAUCAGGACUCAGGAGGUUGCCUACAGCUGAUUUUAACCAGGCGCUGAUUAGAGACUGGCGGUUAUUUAUUUUUGUAGACCAUGCACCCGGUGGUUAAUUGAAUAGAGGCAUUAAUUGGGGCAUUUAUGAUAUAAAAGUUAGUCAGGAUUAAACUUUUCCUCUAUUUUCACAACUAAGCUAGGCUAAGCUAGUUGCUACGUUAUAGUACACUCCACCAGACACAUUUUAUUAGGCACACUUAACAUAUUAACAUGUUGCUUACAUUAUUAAAAUGUGUUUUUGUUUUACUUAUACAGUAUUUCCCAUACAGUGCUAUUUUAGGUAACGCAAGGAAAAGGUUUUCUGUUAUCUUUUUCAGUUUUGUUUUCAUUUUGUCUGCCUGCCUGAACCCUGUCUAUAAUUUGUCUGCGUCCACACAAAAAGUGCUGUCAGUUCACACAGACCUUCCCAAUAAAUCAGACAGACAGAUGAGAUGCGCAGUCACACACCAGCUGCAGACAAAUGUUGGCAAGGUUAAGCAGCAUUUCUUGCUGGAGCACACAAAGAUGUGUAUAUGAGGCAACGGCAGAAGGGGAAAAAGGGGACGUAGAGGGAAAGGAAGAGAUAGGAGGAUCAGAGUGAGAAGGGAGAAAGAUGUGGGAGACCGGCAAAGGGAUGCUCAGUCAUCUGGGGCAAAAAGAGCGAGCCAAGCCUUGUGGUUAUGUAAGAAGCAUAUGACACAACAAGCACGUGGCGAGACAAACGCAUGUCGUCCUCUCAGUCAAGCAUAGCGCUGCAUCACAGACACUCAUUGUACUGAAUUGUAAUUAUUACUGUACUGAAGUGAACUACAGUAUGGCACAGAUGUGAGUACACCCCCAACAUUUAAGCAACUAUUUUUAUGACAGUAUAUCUUCUCAAGCUACAAUACUAUAGAGUAAACUUUGAUUUAUUGUAGAAACCUUAUUGCAGACACACAGGUCCAUAUCACUAUAUAUAAAAGUACACGACAAAAACAGAACACAAAACACAUAUAAUCAUUGCUGUCCAUAAUAAUUAGAAUAAGUACAGACUUUUGUUCCAAUGUUUCCAGAAACAACAUGAAUACCUUGUGUCACUUUGCAAAGGCUCAAUCAAGGCUAUUAUUAUAAAAAAAAAAAAUGUAUCAACAAAUCGCCGUAUAAAUUUAUACCUAAAAUUCCUUAACACAGCAUGAAAGGUGGCAACAAUGCUAGUUACAAACAUAUGGCUGGAACUAGUCCACCUUGGGAGCUUGAGCAAAAUUCUGAAUGCGUCAUUAAAUGCCACCUGAAGCGUUUUCAUUUUGGCUUUUACUGUAACUACACCACAAAUGAGCUGUAUAGAGCGGACUACAGUAGGCUCUAAAAAGGGCUAUCUUGACAUCAUCUGUACACAUGUGAAAUUUACGUGCGAACAUAUUGACUUGUGCAUCCAGUUUACAGCACUGGCGCUGCACAUCAUCAUCAUCAUCACAUAAAUCAUUCUGGAAAAUACGACCCAAAUAUUUGACUUCGUUCACCACAUUUAGCACUUUGCCGGCCACAAAAAAAGAAGGAAAAUCUAGCUUAUUAUCCUCUUUGGUUUUAACAAUCAUAACGACACUCUUUUUUGGGGUGGUGUUUAAUAUCAUACUGCAUACCAUAACUUGAGCAGAUCCUGAGCAGUUGCUGUAAGAUAGCACUGUCAGGAGACAUAACGACUAAGUCAUCAGCAUACAACAAAUGAUUUACGAGUCUCUCCCCCGCCAUGCAUCCAGUCUUACACGCUUUCAAUUGAUAUACUUUAGAGUAGUGAGUGUACAGCUUGUACACUUGUAGUAUAAGUUUACUAUGGACACAACACAUAGUCAUUACUGUCUAAAUAUGUGGCAACACAAGUGAGUACCUACAGUGAGUACCUACUUGCCUACAGUCAAGUUUGGUGGUGGGACUGUCGUGGUCUGGGACUGCAUGAGUGCUGCCAACACUGGGGAGCUGCGGUUCAUUCAAGCAGCGUAUGAUCCCCUCCAAGUUUCAUUUCUAUCAAUAUUUUCCCUUGAGUAAUAUAAUAGCUGGUGAAAUGUGAUGGGUGUGCUCACUUUUGUGAGAGCUCAUAUGAUCUGGUUGUCCCUGUUAUGGAAUGAAAAGUUUUGAGGCCUGAGGCGUUCCACAAGAUGCUAAUUUUACUGUAGCGGUAUCAUAACACGAGAUGGACAAAUUUGUAUUUGUUUAUUUUUAUUGGGACACCAAGUUAGUGUGCCCAGACAAAGUGAAAAUGGAAGAAAAUAUAGAAUUGGUCUACCGGUAGGACUUGAGAGAAAGACUCACGGCUUAUAAAAUGUUGUUGUAGUUCAUUCCAAAGGUAUAUGAUGGGGUUGGGGUUGUGGGCUCUCAACGUCUUCCGUAUCAAACCCAUCUAGCAGGCCUUGCUUUCUGCACAGGGCACAGUCUUUCAAGGUUAACUAUAGAAUAUGGAUAAUAUGGAUUUUUGCAUGGUCAUCCAAUACCACACAUUAUUUGUCUGGUUGACUUAGUUUCUUGAAAAUGCACGUUACAAUGGGGGCUCUUUUGGAGUUUCUUUCUGCACUGGGAGCUAGAACAGACAUCUAUUCAUUGAGUUGAGAAGACAAUUUCACACACACACACACCCGCACGCACAUGCACACCCAUAUGCACACACUGAUGAAGGAGCACAAGACACUUUAUCUAUUCUUGGACGGUGUGAAUAAUCAUUAGUGGAGGUCUUAUGACUAAUUGCUCUGCAGAUAUGUGGGUGGAGAUUGUGUCAAAAUGUUUUUGCCUAAUGUUAAUUCCUUCUGUUGGCAUAUAGAUUUUAAUACUUAUGCACAUUUAAGUGAAAAUGUCAUUUCUUUUGGAGCACGUUAGAAAACAAGUACAGUCGCCCCUCGCCACACUGCAGUUUGAAUAUUAAUUAAUAAAUUAUCGCAAUUUUGUGGUUGACUACAGCCUAUUAUUAGUAAAAAAAAAAAAAAAAAAAAAAAUGCAUGUUUUAAGCAAAAGUUACAUAUUUUUGGGCUAAAUUAAUCAUUUUCAAGCGUAAAAAUUACUCAAUGAAAUCAAAUUCAAAUAUAAGGCAUUCAGAAAACACAUUGAAAACGUAGUAUGUACUAUUCUAGACUGGUCACUCAGUGCCAGCAAUGUUACAUUUAUGAAACAACAACCACCGCAGGAAGUGCCGCUAGUAAAAAAAAAAAAAAGUAACAACAAGGAACUCUCCCAAUGCUAACAUGUGUCAGUCUAUACUAAAUUAUGUCUUAUUUUGGAUUAUUAUGUCUUCUAUAUUGGGUAAUAUGAAUGUAAACGUGACUAUAGGGUGUUUUUUUCAUGUCUAGAGGGCUCUAAUAAUGUUAAAUAAUUUAUUGAGAAGGUUUUCUAAACAGGUUUUCCAUGCUGUAGCCACGAAAAUAUUCCAUUUCUAAAUAAGGAAUCCUACUUUGUGGAAAUUCACUGAUCACAGUUGGGUAACUAUGAUAAACGAGAGAUUACUGUAGUCAUUGUGAUGACAUUUGAGAGAAUGUAAUUUGUGUUAAAAACCUUUUUGCAUCUCUGCAAUACACAGCAUGUAUGUCUUUAAGAUAAUACACAACAUGUACAGUGCAUUAAAUGAUGCCAUAUUGUCUUUCUUUUGAAUGCACAAUACUAUUAUGUCUUUAAAGGUAGUAGAAAUUUCAAAAUAAUGUAAUACAUCCAUUCAUAUUGUUGGUAUUGCACAGUAUAAUCAGUACCAAUUCACUGCAAUAGCUUUUUUCAUAAUUAAUACUACAUAGCCUGUGCCCAUGCAAAGAUGUUUUAAUUGAUGGCGGCCAUGUUUUUUAACCAAUCUUGCUCAGAUUUUACAGACAUGUGCUUGUCAGUCUCCUAAAAGUGUGUACCAAAUUUUGUGGCAAUUUGUGUGAGAAAUUUCAAUUCAAUCUGACACGAGGUUUAAUAACAACGCUACCAUGUGGUGUAUAUGUCCGAAAAACCAUAGCACAGGCAGCACAGUAGGGUGCAUGUUUUGACAAUUUGCACCCUUUCUUUGUGCAGUGGUUCAGGAGUAGAAGAGUUAGCUUAUGCAUCCAUACACUCAUGUGAAAAAAAUUACAGAAAUGUUCUUUCGUAUUUACCAAAUAUAACAGAAUUCUGUGUUUUCCAGCGUUAUGACAGUUUGUCCUUGAGUCACAUACACUACAAGCUAUUGUACGUGUAAAAGAGAUCUUUAAGCUUGUUGCUGGCCCUAAUGCCCCUCUCUCCUGUUGUUGUCCAAUCAUCCUCCACCAUCAAGUCUCCCAGCAAAUGGUACUGGAGACUUGUACCUGCCCGUUACAGAAGAGAGCAUGUCCAGCAGAGAAUUGCACCUUUGCUCCCCCUGGUGGAGAACUUGCUGAAGGACAACACUGACGGCUGCGCCCUGGCUGCUCUACUACAUUUCUACUGCCCACGGGUUAUUAGAUUAGAAGAUAUCUGCCUGAAGGAGACCAUGUCACUAGCUGACAGUCUGUACAACCUCCAGCUGGUGCAGGAGUUCUGCAGGAGCAACUUGAACCACUGCUGCCACUUCAGCCUGGAGGACAUGCUCUACGCACAUGCAUCCAUAAAGAGCAACUACCUGGUGUUCCUGGCUGAGCUUUUCUGGUGGUUUGAAGUGGUGAAACCCUCAUUUGUACAGCCCAGAGUCUUUGACCCGAAUGCCUGUGAGGUUCUAACAUCCUGCAGAAAUAUGGCUCCUGUGUCCAAGCAGACUUAUGUAGACAGACCUGACAGCCCAGAGGACAUCAUUGAUGAAGGUGUCAUGAAGAGAUCUACCUCCAUGUCAUUUGUGGAUGGCUGUGUUGGGACUUGGCCACAAGAGAGACGCUCUUCCACAAGGGGAAUAUCCUUUGAGAUUCCUCUGGAUGCAGAUGCCACAGUGCCACCAUGUGAGGCUCCCUGCAUCCGUGGUAUGACCCGCUCCGCCAGCAGCGAUGGCCUCAGCUUCAAAGUUCACUAUGCACCUCGAGGAGGCAUGAAGCGCCACGUGUCCCUUGCGCCCGUCAGCGUAAACGGGCAGAGCAGACACAUCCUAGAGGAGGAUGAAGACUUCACCCCCCGCAGACCCCUGGGCAGGAACAACACGUUCUCUAUCAAGAACCAAAGCAGAUAUCCCAAUGGAGUCAUCCCAGACAGCAACCACAACCCUUCCAAUCACCAUGGUGACCACAGUGGCCAAACCAGCCCCUCGACCCCUCCGAGCAUUGAGGAGGCAUUGAAGAUUAUCCAUGACACAGAAAGACCCCAUGCCAGCCUUGGCAUGGGAGACAGAGACCAUGGCUUCUUUCUCCAUGAUGCACAACCUUCAGGACCUCCGGAGGCCUGGGGUCAAGGAGACGACCCAGAUACAGCUAAAGCCCGGUUCAAUGACCACGACCCUAAUUCUGUGUCGACUGAUGACGUUGACACGGGCAUCCAUGUGAGGACAGAGGACAUCCAAAGCUUGGAUGAGGAUUCUUCCCUUAGAGACUAUUCGGAUAUAGACCCAGACUGUGAGGCUAUGACUCGCUCAUGUCCUCUGCCUGACAGGGAGAGGAAUUUGGAAGGAAGGCGUAAAGGGGUGGGUGAGUCUAACCCUGACUCAAGCAGUGGCAGAGGAGAUGGAGAGGACAGGAGCAGCCCAUGUCCCAGUUCGGCACCCACACUGCCCAGAUCUCACACUAUGAGCCCCGCCUCGUCCUCUGGGGGCUCCACCGGCGGUAUGGUGCGUAUGACGAGCUUUGCUGAGCAGAAGUUCAGGAAGCUGGAGGGAAGGAGCAGUGGAGGAACCACACCAGAGGGUUCAGAUGUCAACACAGCAUCUAAACACCCUGCAAAAAGCAUUUACUCACAGAUCAUUACACCCCCUUUGCCAAUCACCUCACCUUCUUCUGUCACACCUUCUCCUCGAGACCCUUCCCACCUGAUAGCCACAGAGAUGAUCCAGCUGAGGAUGAAGCUUGAGGAGAAGCGCAGAGCCAUCGAAGCCCAGAAGAAGAAGGUGGAGGAAGCAUUCACCCGCCAUCGGCAGAAGAUGGGCAGAACAGCCUUUCUGAAUGUAGUAAGAAGAAAAGGAGUGACAAACCCACUCGGUCCCAGCUCAGGAGGAACGCCUUCGACACAGCCGCUACCGCCCUCAAAGGACACCAGCCAGAGCAGCAUGGAAAGGGCGGAGAGAUGCAAGCCUGAUGGUGCUGCUCCCAAAUCUCCUUGUGAAGAUGGAGGAGGUAUGACCCCAGGGGAAACAGACCUGGCAGAAUACACUCGCUCCAUCGAGAGGCUGAACACGUCACUCGGCUUCCUGCAGACGGAGAUGCAGCGAUUGGCUCAGCAACAGGAGAGGAUCAUGGCUAUGAGGGACCAACAGCAACAAGCCUGGGUCAUCCCCCCCCCUGCUCCAUCUCCACACAGGCAGCUCCGUGAGUUGCGUAGCAGCAGUGUCACAGGCCGAGGAUCAGCCAGAGGAUCAGUGGGUUCCUUGUCUCCUAUCUUGUCCUCGUCCGGCUCUGCAAAUCCUCCGAGUCGACCCUCUUCUGGCAUCAAGCGUCGUCCGGCCUCCUUCCACGCCAGAACACCUAGGACUCCGCGGCCCAACGAACUGAAGAUCACGCCUAUUAGCCGAAUGCUCAACACCCCCACUUCAGUUGACAGUUUACCGAGACUGAGGAGGUUCACGUCGAGCCAAACACACACCACUUCAUUUGCAUACCUGAGUCACGACGAGGGAUUUGGGAAUAGCAAAAGCCCAGAGACUAAGGAGGGCAAAGAAAACACUAAGGACAAAGAUGAGAUAGCGGCCAAUAAGGGUGCAGGCACUCCCACAGCCAAAGAGAAGGAAGAAGUAUCAGCUAAGCCUGAUGAAGCUCCUCUGAGGAACGGUGAUGUGAAGCAAUCAAGAACUUCAGAGGUGUUGUUUCAGCCAACGUCUGAGAUCCAAGGCGGCAGGGUGAAAGGAGACCCUCAGGACAAGAGAGAAUUGUUGGAGGUGACAAUGUCUGGAUUGUGGCCUGCAGAGAGCCAAGGUCAGGAGGCAAGUGGAGAAACUGGAGAGGACCAAAAGAUGUGCUGUGGAUUCUUCUUCAAGGAUGAUGCUAAAGGGGAGGAGGACAUGGCAGCAAAGAAAGCAGCUCUGCUAGAGAAGAGGCUGAGGAGGGAGAGGGAGGCACAGGAGAAGAAGCAACAACAAGAGCAGGACCAGGAGCAGAAGAAGGAAGCGGCACGGUUGAAAGCAGAAGAAGAACAGCUGAAAAAGGAUGAGGAGAAGGCGAGGAGAGAAUACAUCCGGAACGAGUAUUUGAGGAGGAAGCAGCUCAAGCUGAUGGAGGACAUGGAUGAGGUCAUCAAGCCUCGAUGUGGAAGUCUCAAGAAGAAACCUCGGCCCAAGUCCAUCCACAGGGAUGUCAUGGAGUCCUCCACUCCCCCAGUGAGACCAACGGGGGUGCGUCCUCGAGGCUACUCAGUAUCGAGUGUUUCUUUGGCCUCUCUGAAUCUGACUGAUAAUGAAAGUAACCAUGCAGAUAACAAGAAGACCUACAGAAGCAAUAAAGUAGCUCCUUCUCAUGUCCCGUUCUUUCUAAACUCCCCUAAAGAAAGAAAAGGAAGGCCUGACUCUGCAGAGGGUUUUUCUUCAUGCCCCUCUGCUGGUAGUCGUAACGGUGAGAAGGACUGGGAAAAUGAUUCAACCACUUCCUCCACUCCCUCCAACACUGAGUACACAGGACCUAAACUAUACAAGGAGCCUAGUGCCAAAUCCAACAAGCACAUCAUUCAGAAUGCUUUGUCCCACUGCUGCCUGGCUGGAAAGGUCAACGAAGGGCAGAAAAACAAGAUCCUCGAUGAAAUGGAAACAUCUGAAGCUAAUAACUUCCUUGUGUUGUUCCGCGACGCCGGCUGCCAGUUCAGGUCGGUGUAUGCCUACUGCCCUGAAACGGAGGAGAUCACACGACUGGCCGGCAUCGGGCCCAAGACUAUCACGGCCAAAAUGAUCGAGGGCCUUUAUAAGUACAACUCGGACAGGAAGCAGUUCAGCCAGAUCCCGGCCAAAACCAUGUCUGCCAGCGUGGACGCCGUCACCAUUGCUAGCUAUCUGUGGCAGAGCAAGAAGCAGGGGACACCCAAAAAGAUGCACCUGAAGUAGCACCACUGUUCACAGAUAUAGGACUUAAAUGGACACCAUUGUUUCCUCACGUGCCAAAACAAAAGAAUAAUAGGCCAGCAAUGCCUAUAGUUGAACCUCUGAAGUGAAUGUCCCGCCUCUUAAAGAGGCCGUGUGGUUUCUGUAAGGUGAUCAUGUGUGGCCUUAUGCUUGUUUUUUGUCAUUUCAUCUGCGCCUGUUCAAGAAGUUUGGAUUCAGAUUAGAACCAGACCAACCUGUCUGAUCCGGAAUCAGAUUUAAUAUUCACGUUGUGCUGCUACAGGCAUGUAAAAAUGUGUUUCAGUGUUGUAAAGUGCCAAGAAGAGUGAUUGCCAUGUCUUUCCAGUGAUUGAUUAUCAUCAAUGCGUCCCUGAAAAGCACCAGGAAAAUACUUUUUAUUUAUAACUUAGAUUUUAUUCAGAGCCACAUAAGAUACUACAUAUAUUGAUUUUACGUGUAUAUAAUGGAAAGUCAGCUUCUAGCAGCCUUUGAGUAGCUUUUCUAAUUCAACAUCCAUACGCAGCUUGAGUACAUCUUCAUUUUGGGGCCUUUUUUUGUGCCAACAUCCAAAAAAGUGUGAUCCCUUCUUGUGCAAUGGAACCAUGCAAUCCCAGUAUCACCUUAUUGUGCAUAUUGUCUUAACUGUUAGAUCCCGACUGUCCACAAUUGUACAUAAAAAAAUAACUCUUAGCACUUCGCGGUUGACUUUACUGUUACUGUUUUUAAUCGUAUGUUCUUUGAGUAUGCAUCAACACUGUACAGAUAUAUUUUGGCAUACAGUAAAGUAUUUUUUGUAACAACAUUAAGCAGGUGGAGGUGUGUACUGAUGAACCAGUGCUUUCAAUCAAGGAAGUUGUAUGAAAUGUGAGGCUGGAAGUAAGAAUGAUGAGGAAAUCAUAAUAUUGUUUUUUUUUCCCGUUUUACUAAAUAUGCUCAACAGUUCUUGUACUUGUUUUUGUUUUUUUUGCCUCCCCUAUUAUUUCAGCUUUAUUAAAAUGCAGCAGCAUUCAGCAUU